UUCUUAAUUUUUUUUUUACUUCUUUGACUUCAGCACAGCGUCUUUGUUGUGGCUGCCCUGAGAUCUGGCGGUGUAACCCUGUCCGCCAAGCGUGACGUCCUCGAAUGGGAGAAGAGAAGAGACAGAGGGAGAGGGAGAAGAAUGGGUGAGAGGAUGUUUGUUGGUGGUGUUUGUUGGCUGUUGGUGGUGUUGUUGUAUACAGUAUCGUCACUUGGUCCCGAUCUUACCCACCAGUUACACUUACUUACUAUACGACUUCUUACUACUACUCCGCCUCCUCCAGCUUUCACCUGCUUCUUCCUCACUUGCUCACUUCCUCUCACGGUCCUUGCUCCAUCAAUCAAUGCGCAAAACAAUUCUCCUUUCCCUUCUGCAUUCCCAAAUUGACAGACUGGCUGAACUGACGGACUAGCUUAGUGCCAGGCAGGAUAUUUACUUUUUCUGUCUUUUCUUUUCCCCUCCUCAGACUCAUCUCU